CAGAAAAUGCUCUUACAAUUUCGGGCACUGUGUCUAUGAGGCCCAGGCCUUGUGUCUGACUGUGUCUCUCAGCUGUGCGGCUGGUGACUGAAUGCACACAGCUAAGGACAGCUGAGACCCAUCCAAACUUGGCUACAAGAAGAUCUCUAGAGGCAGGACACCUUGUGAAAGAAGUCACUGAUUUCCUCACAAAAGCACUCAGCAGAGAGGAUCUGGAGCAUCUGAUAACUGAAGAUGGAGCCUGGAAGGCGUUUGUGGAGGCAGCAGAGUUGUCAAGGGCUCCCACAGAUAAUGAUGACAUUGACCGUGAGUGGAGGCAUCUUAUCAAGAGUCUCUCACUACAGUGUCUUGACUCUACAUUACACACAGACCCCUAUGUUCAUGUAUGAGUGAGCAGGAAGCUGCCCUGCAUGAUGUUCUGGAGAAGCAUUUAGCCCAGGAGCCCACAGAUGAAAAUGAUGAAACUGAAAAGAGGCAGCAGAAGGAGAAUUUUCUGAAAGAAUUUCCUGAGUUGAAAAGGAAACUUGAAGAACACAUCAGGAAGCUCCGAGCUCUGGCUGACCAUCUUGACCAGGUGCACAGGGGCUGCACCAUCUCCAGUGUGGUGUCCGGCUCCACCAGCAUCGCCUCUGCACUCCUUUGUUUAGCAGUGGGAUCCAUUACAGGAGGGGCCAGCCUGCUGCUCUCAGCAGCUUCCUUGGGGCUGGCAGCCAGUAUAGCUAGUCUCACCACCACCAUUGUGGAAGAGUCAAGCCGACUGUCAGACGAAAGUGAAGCCAGUCGCCUGGUGGGAGCCAGCAUGAACAUACUGAACAAGAUUAUGAAGAUCGUGCCUAUAAUCACAGUCAAACUUGGUAAUACGAGCUUGACUUUAGUCAGGACUUGGAAAGCCUUCAAAAAGCAGAUUGACGCCGUCCGGACAGCCAAAGCCAGCUCUCACUUAAGAGCAAGGGCUGCAGGACGCAUCCCUGACCAAGGCUCAAGGCAUGUGGGGAGGACAUUACCCAGCCCUGCUCUCCCAGUGACAAGAGGAGCCAGGAUUAGAACAGUAGGCUUUACCAGUAUCAUCCUCGCACUGGAUGUGUAUCGCCUGGUGACUGACUCGAUGGAUUUGUACAACGGAACACCAACACAGUCGGCUACAGCACUGCGGGACCUGGCUAACAAGCUGGAGGAGAAGCUGCAGAGCUUUGAGCAGAUCCACAAGGCUCUUCAGUCAGACCUGCCUCAGUGAUCCCUCACACCGCAGUUAGCUUGAGGCAUGCCGUUACAAGGGAAAUAGCAUGAGAUCAAGUCUAUGGAACUGAGUAUUGAGACGUUUGUGUUUCUGUGGUCCAGGACAGCAAGGUCAAUGCUGAUGGCUGGCGAUUCAUGGAGAAGACAGGAACUGGAGUCUAAAAGAAGGGGCCAGAGUGGCCUAAAGAGUGGGGGAUGGUACUGAGACGUGGUGGGUAUGAAGAGAGAGGGCUAUGUAGGAACAAGUAAGGAGAAGUCAGGAAACCUGAGGAGGGAGAAAGUCAGCGUGAGAGUUCUGGAUAUGGAGAAGCCACGGCAGGUGACCACAUCCCCUCUCCCAGGGAAAGUGUCCCUAAGACCUCUGGGCUAUUCCCCCUAGCAUCAGCAGGAUCAACUCACCCUGUUUCCUCCAGGCAGUGACCUCUGGAGAGUGAUAGUGAUGAUGAUGAUAUUGAUGAUGAUGAUGAUGAUGAUGGGGAUGAAGAUGAUGUUGAGGAUGGUGGUGGUGAGAGAGGAAAGAUGGAGUUCUUGAGAAGUAGUCAGCCCUCCAGGGGACAUGUCACCUGAGAGACCAUGACAGCAAAGUGAAUGUCUGUGUGCUGUGAUGUGUCAGUGGUUGGUUCUAGGGGUAGAGAGUCCAGGCAGAUUUACAUAAGACGUCAAAUAACUUGUGAUUUGGAGACAACACAUCUGUGACAGGAGACUCAGCCUGUGACCCUCCGUUUCCUCUCAUACUGGAGGGAGGUGUGAUGGCCAAGACAGUAUCUCAGAUUAACUGAUGCUUGCCCUCUUAUAUUUAUAGACUUGUGUUCAAUAAAUAUUAACCUCCCGGUCUAGAUAAA